GACAGUUGGACUUUUUGGCUUAAAAGAACGGUCGACAAGGUUCAUCUGCGUUAUCGCAUGGACACUAACUUGGCGCAAUGGGACAUGCCCACAAGACUCAGAACGCUUUCGAUGCUUACGACCCCGACAACUGGGUCAAGCGCAACGAACGUCUGGUCAAGCGUACAGGAAUCCUACCUCUAAAUGCAGAAACUCCAGUAGAAGUACUGUUGAAUGAAGCCGUCACGCCUUCAUCGCUUCACUACGUGAGGAAUCAUGGCGCUGUGCCAAAGCUGGACUGGGCAAAGCAUGUCAUUGAGCUAAAGGCUGGAGACAACACAAUCAACAUCUCGAUGGAUCAACUCGAGAAAGACUACGAGCCUUGCACUCUUCUUGUCACAUUUGCGUGUGAUGGAAUUCGCAGAAAGGAACUCAAUGAAAUUCGACGUUCCAACGGAUUUGACUGGGCUACGGGAGCUGUUUCCACUGCCAAAUGGAAAGGGGCGCUCCUGAGAGAUGUUCUCCAGAAAAACUUUUCCGACUUGCAAAAGUACAAGUUUGUACUCUUUGAAGCGUGCGAUGAUCUUAAUAAUGGAUCGUACGGAACAAGUAUUCCGAUAGAUCAUGCACUCGAUCCAUCCGCAGACGUCCUUAUUGCAUAUGAAAUGAAUGACGAACGCAUUCCUCCUGAUCACGGAUAUCCUGUUCGCACAGUUCUUCCUGGAUGUGUUGGUGGUCGCAUGGUAAAAUGGUUGAAACAAAUCAUCUUGUCUGAAAAGGAGUCCCAAAACUGGCAUCAUUUUCACGACAACCGGGUGCUCCCGCCGACGAUUACGAACAAUGCCAUGGCUAGCGGCAUCUGGAAGAAUCCCGAUUAUCUUCUGUAUGAAUUAAAUGUCAAUUCUGUCAUUCUAUUUCCUGCCCACGGUCAGAAACUUGAUGUUAAGGACAUUACAUCCAAUUUCACGGUGACAGGAUAUGCAUAUGACGGAGGAGGAAGGAAGAUUAGCAGAGUGGAGGUAACUUUGGAUGGAGGUGAAUCUUGGAAUGAAUGCAAGAUUGCCUAUCCGGAAGACUAUGAGCCUCGACACGGACGAAAGUGGUGGGUCAUGUGCAAGUGGAGCAUCGAGUUUCCGGCGUGGAAAGUUGUUUCGGCUAGAGACAUGGCAGUUAGAGCUUGGAAUGCCUCGCUGAAUACCCAGCCAGAGCACCACACGUGGAAUUUACUCGGAAUGAUGAACAAUGCUUGGUACCGGGUGCAAGUUCGUAGAGCCCAGGCAGAAUGCGUGGAAUUUGUACAUCCUGUUCGAACCUCACCCGGUGAAGGAGUCAAGGGAUGGUUGGAAAAGGCACCGGUCGCAUACCAGGAAAAUGUUCCCAAUCGCAACUACAGCUGGGAAGAAGUAGCAAAGCACAAGGCACGAGAUGACUGUUGGAUUGUUGUCAAUGGCAAAGUCUACGACGUUACAGAUUUUUUGAGUCAACAUCCCGCCGGUCCAGGACCUAUCAUGGCGCAUGCGGGAACAGACGCAACCGCAGUCUUCACCGACAUCCACUCUGAAGAUGCACACGUUCUGAAAGCCUCCUAUGUGAUUGGACACAUUGGUCAAAAAGUCCUCAAAGCUCACAUUUCUGAACGUGCCAAACACCCCAAUCUGACACCCGACGGACACGCCAUCGUCUUGAAUCCCCACAGGUGGAUACCAGUCACACUCGUCAAGAAAGAGUCGAUCACUCACGAUACUCGACGGUUCACGUUCGGGUUACCUUCCAAGGAGGACAGAAUGUGGCUACCUUGGGGUAAGCACAUCAAUUUAGCCAUCACACAAGAAACCCGCAUGGUGGUGCGCCCCUAUACGCCAGUCAAACCAAUCCUCGAGGAAGAAGACGAUGGGACAUUUGACCUCGUUAUCAAGAUCUAUUUUCCCAGCGAAGACCGACCAGGAGGCGAGCUAACCCAAAUGCUAGAAGGUCUGAAAAACGGAGACGAAGUGAAAAUUAAAGGACCUGAAGGCGAGAUCUAUUACACGGGCAAAGGCUCAUUCGACGUUAUGGGCCAUUUUAUCCACUGCAAAAAAGUCAAUUUUAUCGUCGGUGGAACAGGGUUGACACCAGCUUUGGCGGUCAUCCGAGCAGCCCUCCUGGCCGAAAAAGGCCGACACCUUCAAAUUAGCCUUGUUUACGCAAAUAAAACCACGGACGACAUACUGUGCGGAGACGAACUUGACCAUUUUUUGAAAGAGUUUAAGGAUAACUUCAAACUAUGGCACGUCAUUAGCCGCCUGGGCGACUCGGAAAAGAAAAAUUGGCCUUAUGGGUCAGGACACAUUGAUGGAAAAACUCUUCAAGACCAUUGCUUCCCACCGGCAGACGACACGGCGUGCUUUGUUUGUGGACCACCUGCGAUGGUUGCCCAAGCUGUUAUGCCUAAUUUAGCAGAACUUGGAUUUGACGAGGAUCAUGUCUUUGAAUUUUAGUCUAGGGCGGACCUCCGUAGGCAGCGUAAGACAAUUGAAAAGAGAUGCACAGAAUUCCUCGUAGAGAGCACCCAUUCUCUUGGCGUGCUUCGAGGAUGCCAUCUCGACAAAGAGGGCCAAAUUACGAUGUAAGACGUUGGUAUAUGUAUACAAAAGUAGUCCAACCCAUUAGGUACAUUUCUACAAUCCUACGAUAUCUACAGAAAAAACAUGACUCUUUUUCCAUUUAACGAAUA